AUGCCUGGCCCUUGGUUUCUGUUAGCCGUGGCUUUGACCUUGACCCUGAUGGGUGUCCCCGGAGGCCGUGCACAGCCGGAUGUGGCCCAGCAGGAGGCGAACCUGUCUGAGCAACAGGGCCUGGAAGACCUCCUGCGGCAGGCGGAGCGCCUCCUCCUCCUCCGGGAAGACCUCCAGCAACUACGAGACCAGGAUGACAGCGGAUCCGAGUCCCAGAUCUUUCAACCCGAUUGGUUCUCCAAGCGUCAGCAUCCUGGCAAAAGGGAGGAGGAGGCAGACGAGGGAGUGGAAGGAGGAGCGGAAGAAGGAGGGGCCGCGGGACUCCGCAAACGGCAGCACCCCGGCCGGAGGGACGAUGUGGCGGCUUGGGCGGUGGACGCGCGUCAGCAGAAGCGGCAGCAUCCCGGCCGGCGCGCCUCCUGGCUUGGGCACGCUGUCGCCAAGAGGCAGCACCCAGGCAGACGACUGGUGGACUCCAAGGCCCAAAGGAGCUGGGAGGAGGCAGGGGAGGACGGAGACGAGGACGAGGAUGGACAGCUGUUGCCCGAGAAACGCCAGCAUCCCGGAAAGAGGGCCCUGGGGAGCCCGUGCGGACCCCGGGGACCCUGCGGCCAAGCCAGCCUUCUGCUGGGUCUCCUCGAUGACCUGAGCCGGGGGCAGGGGGCUGAAGAGAAGCGGCAGCACCCUGGGCGGCGGGCAGCCUGGGCUGGUGAGCCCCUGGAGGAGUGA